AUGGUUGCCUGCGGAAGAGUGUAUAAGGUUUUGAUACCGGAAUCGGAUGGCAGGCUGGGGUGGGCUUCACCCAUUGCCUUACUGCAGGAUUUCUAUAGACUUGAACGAAGGGCUAAGGGAAGCUCCCCAGAGAGUUCAGUCGACUCCUUGGUGCUCCCGCCUCCAGCGAGCCAUCAAGCCAGGACGUUUGCUAAGGUUGUUAAGGGUGGGGGCUUCUAUGGGGCAGGGAAGUGCUGUAUCAAAGGCUUUGGGAGGGACAGAUUCAUAGAAGUUGGUGAUGAAGGAGUCCAAAAUAGACAGGAACUGUUGGGAAAGUUCCUGGAGAUCAAACUCUCUUCCAGCUCAAACAACGUUUGCUCACAAUAUGUUGUUGGAGAGUUCAAGAGACGGGGAGCAAAAAAUGGUCCAUUGACACAGACUUUGGCUGGGUCGACAAGGGGAUCAGAGAAUGGAUCCUUAUAUGCCCCAGUUGGCAUCAUGAAAUGCGCAUCAAAUACUUCGAUCAAUGCAAUUUUCAGAAUCUAA